AUGGUAGAAAAUUGGGUUUAUUUGAAAGAGGUGGUUGGAUUUGAACAUCUGAAGAACCAAAUGAUAAAUAUAAAGGUAGAGUCGAGUCCUGUGUUGCUGAAAGCAAAGGUGGAUUUUACUGUUGUGCAGUUACCAGAGAUAGACAAUGAGCAGAGAAGUGGAAGAAGGCUCAAAUCAGAGGAAGCAUUAACCGAGCGGAGCUGGUUGAGCCUUCAAAGCCCUAAAACGUGUGACCAUGGGUUCGGGGUUUAUGGAUUGAAUUCCGCCGGCGCAGGAGCCUCUGCAGAGAGAGAGCGGGAGACAUUGGAGAUGGGCAGAAGGAUUCAUUUAGAGCUGCGCAACAGGGCGUCCUCUGAUGUGAAAUAACUUGUCCUGGACAGCAGUCGGUCGAAUGAAGGCAAACUUGAAGUCCUCACAGAUGACUUUGAAGAACUGGAAUUCUUAAGUACAAUCAACGUAGGCCUCACCUCAAUCUCAAACUUACCAAUUAAACUUAAGAAGCUUGAACUAAGAGUCUCAGGCCUGCAAGUAUUGGCAGAAAAGUGUCCAAACCUCACGUAUCUAAAUUUAAGUGGCAACAAAAUUAAAGACCUCAGCACAACAGAGCCACUGAAAAAGUUAGAAAACGUCAAGAGCUUAGACCUUUUCAAUUGCGAGGUAACCAGCCUGAACGAUUACCGAGGAAACGUGUUCAAGCUCCUCCCACAACUCACAUAUCUCGACGGCUAUGACCGGGACGACAAGGAGGCCCCUGACUCGGAUGCUGAGGGCUACGUGGAAGGCCUGGAUGAGGAGGAGGAGGAGGAGGAUGAGGAGACGUAUGAUGAAGAUGCUCAGGUAGUGGAAGAUGAGGAGGACAAGGAUGAGGAGGAGGAAGGUGAAGAGGAGGACGUGAGUGGAGAGGAGGAGGAGGAUGAAGAAGGUUAUAACGAUGGAGAGAUAGAUGACGAGGAAGAUGAAGAAGAAUUUGGUGAAGAAGAAGGGGGUCAAAAGCAAAAAUGA